GGCGCGCCACCAACAACUCGUCUCCACUCUCCAAUCUCCAUCAGUAUUUAAAUCAAUUUGUGGAGAGAACAGAGAGUGCAAGAGACAGAGAAUUUCACUCACAACAGCGAAAAUAACCGACGGGCAAGGAACUAUGGAGGCUUUGGUGUGCGAGAAGCUUGGGGACCCGGCGACAGCGAUCGGCGAAGAUUCACCGAUCGUCCUGAGAAAGAACCACCCGGUUCCGCCGCUUGACUCUCCCACCGCCGUUAGAGUCAGGGUUAAAGCCACGAGCUUGAACUUCGCCAAUUACCUUCAGGUUCUAGGGAAAUACCAGGAGAAGCCUCCGCUGCCCUUCAUUCCAGGCUCCGAUUACGCCGGCAUCGUCGAUGCCGUAGGUUCCGGCGUCUCCCUUUUCAAAGUUGGAGACCAUGUUUGCUCCUUUGCCGCCCUCGGCUCCUUCGCCCAGUUCAUCGUCGCCGAUCAGUCCGAACUGUAUCUGGUGCCGAAAGAAUGCGAUCUGGUGGCUGCUGCCGCUCUACCAGUAGCUUUUGGAACCUCUCAUAUUGCUCUAGUUCACAGAGCUCAGCUGGGUCCAGGCCAGGUUCUUCUGGUUCUUGGAGCAGCUGGAGGUGUUGGCCUUUCUGCUGUCCAAAUUGGCAAAAUUCGUGGAGCUAUUGUUAUUGCUGUUGCUAGGGGAGAGGAGAAGAUUCAGCUUCUGAGGUCGAUGGGAGUUGAUCAUGUCGUGGACUCGACCAAAGAAGGUGUUACUGUGAGUGUCAAGAACUUCCUUAAGUCGAGGAAGCUAAAAGGGGUGGAUGUUCUAUAUGAUCCAGUUGGUGGGAAGCUUACGAAAGAGAGCUUGAAGCUUUUGAAUUGGGGUGCACAGAUUCUGGUUAUCGGUUUCGCCAGUGGUGAAAUACCCCUCAUUCCUGCCAACAUUGCUCUUGUCAAGAACUGGACUGUUCAUGGACUCUACUGGGGAAGCUACAAAAUACAUAGACCACCUGUUCUUGAAGAUUCUCUCAAGGAACUACUUAGCUGGAUGGCAAGGGGACUCAUCACUAUCCACAUUUCUCAUACUUACAGCCUCUCAGAGGCCAGCCUUGCUUUUGCUGCAAUCAAAGAGAGAAAAGCCAUUGGGAAGGUGAUGAUUACCAUUGACGAUGCAAGCCAUUCAAGAUCAAAGCUUUGAAACAACAUCAACCAUGUUCCGAGCGCAUCCAGAAUCUUGUCAGCAGAAUAUAAUCAUCGAAAGGGCAACCAACCGCCAACUUCAUGCUCAAAGUUACUUGGAAGAGAAGUUAUCAGAUGUAAUGAUGCGAGUUGAAUAAAAAAUCGAAGUGAAUGAAUAAACCUUUCUGAACAGCGUAGAGCCGAACGGACACAGACUAGUUUGGAAGGAAGGAAAGAAAGAAAGAAAAAAACAGAUGGAUAAGAAGGAACUACCGGCCUGGGAACUUCUGACUGUUGGUUCUAUCUUUGGCAACAAUGUAUGAACUUGGAGCUGCUUUGUUCCCAUCAGUUGCAUGAAAAAUGCUCCUUGUUGUUAUCAAGUUGAUAUGGAUUUUGGUCAUGUUUGCUGAUAAUAUUGACCUCAGACUGGUCGUGUUCUCCCCCUGUUGGAGGGUUGACGGUCUGCAACGGACCGAAUGGUUGAACCAGUUGAUCCUCGACGACCUGUCCGAUAUGAUCUGUGAACUGUGGUAUGCUAGCUGGUCUGGGUUCUACUGCAGCUCAGUUGUGCAACAUAAGUCUCUAAGGACAGUCAAUGUUCUUACAAAGUUCUUAACCCGCUCUUCAGAUUGCGGGGCUGUGACAAGGAUGCCAAAUGUGACAGUCGUGUUUGAGUCACGUUCAUGGUUCAAAAAGUUUCGUUUAACUUUAUGUUUAAACAUGCUUAGGCGCUAGACAAUAUCAAAAUGUCUUGCAUAUGGGUUUCGCAAUUUUCAGGAAUUCAGAAAGCCUAAAUGGAUUAAGGUAAUACCUAAGUGUCGCCUAUGCAUAUUUAAGUGAACCUAGACCGUCAAUAUCAAAUGUGGUACUUGACAUCAUCAUAAGAACUGUGUGAGCUAUUCAAAUAUCAUUCCAUGAAUUUGUGACAUAUAUGUUUCUUAUUCUUAGGUGUUAACUAAGCUAUUAAUCAUUAGAAUUGAACUGCAAAUGUGUCGCAAGUCUGCUAAUUUAUUCAUCAUUUGGUAUAACUUACUAUUUUUGUUUUCAAACGUCUAGACACGCUUAAACAACGUCUAAACCCGCUAUGCGUUAGAAAAGACUUUAAUGGCUGCUUUACACCUAGCGACUUCUUGAACAUUCUUCACGUUAACAUGAAAGGAAGUUAUUUCACCUUGUACUUGUUUUUAGCCUUCCUUUUACUUCUUUUUGAUUAUUUUGAUACAAUGACCAUAGCAUUUUUGAGGGAAAGUCGCACAUAAAUACCAUAUACGAUGCUAUUCGUGCAUUUGAAAGAGGAAAAAAUGACAAUUGUUCAAAAGUUCUAAUAUUCGAACCGAUCACUUUACAGUUAUUGUCUUGUUAUCGGUAGCAUGAUUGGGCUGGAUCAGUUGCAUACCCCUAACAAAAACCCAUAACUAAAUCUCCACCACUUAAAGUGAAUUUAGAUCAAGAAAAUCAUGAAAAUUAAGGUUGCAUUUAAGC